GCGAGCCUGACGAUGUGGCCAAGACUUCGAAGGUGAAGGAGAAGAAGGAUGGUGCCCCCGAAAAGCUCACGCCUGAGACCAUGGCCUUCUCCGGCUGCAGCAUCACCAGCGGACUCGGCCGCGGCCUGGUGACGGACACCGGCAUGAACACCCGCAUCGGUCGCAUUGCCAAACUCAUUGCUGGUGAGGAUGGUGGACAGAAGACAACUUGCUUUUGCUUCCCAGACACCUCUGGAAAUCAGACCCCGCUGCAGCAGAAUCUGAACAAGCUAG